CCGCGGCGCUGUGAUCGCGGUGUGAUCGCGGCGCGCCCCGCGGCAGCGCCCCGCCAGCCGCUCCCGAGGCGCCGCGGGGCGGGGGGCGCCGGGCUGGAGGAUGAGCGCCCCGGUGGAGCCCAGGAUCAAACAGGCGCUGCGGAAAAAGCCCGCCGAGCGGACUCCGGAGGACUUGAAUACUAUCUAUUCUUUCCUUCAUGGGCUGGACAUACUAUCACACUUCAGGGAACAUCAGCUAAGAAUAAUGUCGUCAAGUGCCCGCUAUGAGAGGUACAAGGGCAACCAAGUUCUCUUCUGCUCAGAAACUAUUGCAAGAUGCUGGUAUAUCCUGCUUUCUGGAUCUGUGCUCAUGAAGGAUUCAAUGUUUUUGCCACCUUGCAGUUUUGGCAAGCAGUCUGGAGGAAAGCGAGGAUGUGAAUGUAUCAUAUUGGAACCUUCAGAAAUGAUUGUGGUGGAGAACUCCAAGGACAAUGAGGAGAACAUCUUGCAGAGGGAAGUGCCACUGCGGCAGUCCCGCCGCAGGUACCGCAGGAUCAACCAGCGGGGCGAGCGCCAGACCAUCACGGACAACGUGGACUCCAGCAGCUACCUGUCGCUUCCAGCUGACCUUACCAAGAUGCAUCUCACGGACAAUCCUCAUCCCCAGGUGACGCACGUCCCCUCCAGCCAGUCCGGGUGCAGCAUUGCCAGUGACUCUGGGAGCAGCAGCCUCUCUGAUAUUUAUCAGGCUACAGAAAGUGAGAUGGGAGAUGUUGAUUUAACGGGUCUUCCGGAAGCACCUGUAGACUCUGAAGAUGAAGAAGAGGAGGAGGAUGAAGAUAUUGACAGAACUUCUGAUCCACUUCUAGGGCGAGAUGUUGUCCGAGAGUGCCUUGAGAAGGAGCCUGCAGAUAAAACUGAUGAUGACAUUGAACAAUUAUUGGAAUUCAUGCAUCAACUCCCUGCCUUUGCCAACAUGACCAUGUCUGUGAGGAGAGAGCUGUGCUCAGUGAUGAUAUUUGAAGUCGUGGAGCAAGCAGGAGCCAUCAUACUUGAAGAUGGCCAGGAACUUGAUUCUUGGUACGUUAUUUUAAAUGGCACAGUAGAAAUCACCUAUCCUGAUGGGAAGAGUGAGAGUCUCUGUAUGGGAAAUAGUUUUGGGAUUACUCCCUCACUGGACAAACAGUACAUGAAUGGAGUGGUCAGAACCAAAGUAGAUGAUUGUCAGUUUGUGUGUAUAGCCCAGCAAGACUACUGGAGGAUUCUGAACCAUGUAGAAAAAAACACUCACAAAGUGGAGGAAGAAGGAGAAAUUGUGAUGGUGAAGGAGCACAGGGAGCUGGAUCGCAGUGGAACCAGGAAAGGACACAUAGUUAUCAAGGCAACACCCGAGAGACUCAUCAUGCACUUAAUAGAGGAACAUUCUAUUGUGGAUCCAACCUACAUCGAGGAUUUUCUUUUGACAUACAGAACAUUUCUAACAAGUCCCUUGGAAGUUGGAAAUAAACUCUUGGAAUGGUUCACAGUGGACAGCCUCAGGGAUAAGGUUACCAGAGUAGUGUUACUGUGGGUGAACAAUCAUUUUAAUGACUUUGAAGGAGAUCCUGCCAUGACUCGAUUCCUGGAAGAAUUUGAAAAGAACUUGGAAGAUACGCAAAUGAAAGGCCAUCUCAGAUUGCUAAAUAUUGCCUGUGCUGCCAAAGCAAAAUGGAGACAAAUCACCCUGCAAAAACCUUCCAGAGAUUCUCCCCUGUUUUUCAGCCUUCUUGGAGGCAGUGACAAAGGGUUUGGUAUUUUUGUAGAGACUGUGGAGAUAGGCAGCAAAGCAGCAGAAGCUGGACUUAAGCGUGGUGAUCAGAUAAUGGAAGUAAAUGGACAGAAUUUUGAGAACAUUACCUUCGUAAAAGCAUUGGAAAUCUUAAAGAAUAACACACAUCUCUCCAUUACUGUAAAAACAAACAUUUUUGUGUUUAAGGAGCUGCUCUGCAGGAUAGGGCAGGAGAAGAAUGGAAUCCCACAUAUUCCAAAAAUUGCAGAAAAGAAAAACAACCGUUAUUCUAUCCCAGAUAUGCCUGGAGAUGUGGAACAGAUGUUUCCCCGCGAAAAAGGAAACAAGAAAAUGAAAGCAAACACUGUAUCUGGUGGGAGGAACAGAAUCAGGAAAAUUUUAGACAAGACCCGUUUCAGCAUCUUGCCUCCAAAACUGUUCAGCGAUGGCAGCGUGAGCCAGUCCCAGGAUGACAGCAUCGUGGGGACGCGGCAGUGCCGGCACAGCCUGGCCAUCAUGCCCAUCCCAGGCACCCUGUCAUCUAGCAGCCCUGACCUGCUGCAGCCCACAACCAGCAUUCUGGAUUUCUCUAACCCUUCAGAUAUUCCAGAUCAAGUGAUCCGAGUUUUCAAAGCAGAUCAGCAGAGCUGUUACAUCAUCAUCAGCAAAGACACUACAGCAAAGGAGGUGGUGAGUCAUGCUGUCCAUGAGUUCAACCUGACAGGAGCCCCUGAGACCUAUUCCCUGUGUGAGGUGUCCGUCAGUCCCGAGGGGGUCAUCAAGCAGCGGCGCCUCCCGGACCAGUUCUCCAAGCUGGCUGACAGGAUCCAGCUCAAUGGACGCUAUUAUCUGAAAAACAAUAUGGAAACAGAAACCUUAUGCUCAGAUGAGGAUGCUCAAGAGCUACUCCGAGAGAGCCAAAUUUCCCUCCUGCAGCUGAGCACCAUUGAGGUGGCCACUCAGCUUUCCAUGCGGGACUUUGAAUUAUUCCGCAACAUCGAGCCAACGGAAUACAUCGAUGACCUUUACAAGCUGGACUCCAAAACAGGCAAUGCUCACCUGAAACAGUUUGAGGAUGUCAUAAAUCAAGAGACCUUCUGGGUUGCCAUGGAAAUUUUAGCAGAACCAAACCAACUCAAAAGAAUGAAGAUUAUUAAGCAUUUUAUUAAAAUUGCUCUCCACUGUCGAGAAUGCAAGAACUUCAAUUCCAUGUUUGCGGUGAUAAGUGGGUUAAAUCUUGCACCAGUAGCUCGUCUCAGAGGCACUUGGGAAAAGUUACCCAGCAAGUAUGAAAAGCACCUCAGAGACCUUCAAGAUCUUUUUGAUCCAUCUCGAAACAUGGCAAAAUAUCGCAACAUCCUCAGCAGCCAGAGCAUGCAGCCUCCAAUUAUCCCACUUUUCCCUGUUGUCAAGAAAGAUAUCACAUUUCUGCAUGAAGGCAAUGAUUCUAAAGUGGAUGGCCUGGUAAAUUUUGAGAAGCUGCGGAUGAUUGCCAAGGAAAUCCGCCAAGUUGUCCGAAUGACCUCUGCAAACAUGGAUCCAGCUGUGAUGUUCAGACAAAGGAAGAAGAGGUGGAGAAGUUUGGGGUCUCUGAGCCAGGGCAGCAUGAACUCGAACAUGCUGGACGUGCAGGGAGGGGCUCACAAGAAGCGCGCGCGCCGCAGCUCGCUCCUCAAUGCCAAGAAGCUCUACGAGGAUGCCCAGAUGGCCAGGAAGGUGAAGCAGUACCUGUCCAACCUCACUGUGGAGACAGAUGAAGAGAAGAUCCAGAUACUGUCACUUCAGUGUGAACCUGCAUACAGCACUUUGACAAAGAAUUUAAGUGAGAGGAGAGGAGGGAAAUCCUCCGAAAUGUCUCCAGUGCCCAUGAGAUCAAUUGGCCAAACCACAAAAGCCCAUCAGCAUCAACAAAACCGAAUGAGUCAAGUUCUUCAGGUCCCAACUGUGAAUUUGUACCCCAGCAGGAAAAAGGGACUGACAAAGGAUCAUGUCACAUUCAGUACAGGCUCUCCACAAAAGUCCUUAAGCUUGUCUGAGGAAGUAAGUAGUAAGAAACAAACAGAUGACACUAUGUCCAUGGCAUCUUCUUUGCACUCCAGCCCACCUGCUUCUCCUCAGGGCUCCCCACGCAAAGGCUAUGCCCUCAUACCUUCCACUAAAUCCGACAACUUCUCAGAUUCCAGCCACAGUGAGAUUUCAUCGCGCUCCAGCAUCGUGAGCAACUGCUCCGUGGACUCCAUGUCAGCGGCGCUGCAGGACGAGAGGGCUUUGUCCCAGUCCCUCCUCGUGGUGGAUUCAGGCGGGGCGGAGAGGAAGGAGCAUCCUCAGGCACUGACAGAUUACGGCCAGCCCUGCCCAGGCUGGUCCAUCACUAGGCCUGCUCUGAUCAGAGGGAUGGCAUUCACAUCUUCCAUGAGCAGCGAGGAGAUCUCCCAUGAGCACAUCACGGUAGAGGCAGCAGACAGCGGCCGGGGCAGCUGGACUUCAUGCUCAAGUAGCUCUCAUGACAAUUUCCAGAAUAUCCCAAACCAGAAGAGCUGGGAUCUGCUCAGUUCUUACCGUCACACCCAGCUGGACGGACCUAUAGCUGAAGUGGAUCCCAUAAACUAUCACUCUGAGGAGGGUUAUUUGUAUUCCGAAGCCUUUUCCAAAGCCAACAGGCAGUCGAAAGCCAGCGUGGAGCUGGACCAGUCUCGGCAGAGCUGGGCAUCCUCCAGCUCCCUGUCAGACACUUAUGAGACAAACUAUGGGACAAUUAAGCGGAGGGGGCUGGAGAACUCCUCGUCGGAGCAGACGGAGGCUUUGGACUCUAAAGCAGGCGCUGAUACAACUUACAAAACUGUUACUUCGAGCACAGAAAAAGGCCUGAUAGUGUACUGUGUCACCUCACCUAAGAAGGACGAUAGGUAUAGGGAGCCACCGCCCACCCCUCCGGGAUAUAUGGGGAUUUCUUUAGCGGACAUUAAAGAAGGAUCGCCCCACCACCCACACCUCAAACCUCCAGACUAUAGUGUGGCAGUGCAGAGGUCAAAGAUGCUGCACAGUGACCUCUCUAGACUGCCCCCAGCGACGGUGGCCUGUGUCUCCUCGAGGAUGCCUCAGUGGCAUGGCCGGCAGCCGUCCAGCCCCAGGGUAGCAGAGCUGCCUGACGCAGAUAGUGAAGAGGAUGAAGAUGAACAAGUAUCAGCAGUUUAACCCUUGGGCUAUUUAUACGAACCACUCACAACACAAAGGAUGUGGGAGAAGGUCUCAUGGUUCUGUUAGGACUGCUGACAACUUGCUGCUACUGACCUCAGACCUUGCCUGUGUCCCAGAUGAGAUGGAACGGGUUGGAUCACCUCUUCACACCUUCCUUCACUCUGCCACCACCACCUAAGAAGCUAUUUCUACCCAUGAAAUAGAAAAUCCUGUUCAAGGAAUGUGCUGACUGCCUGGGUACCAACAUGGGUACCCAGAGAUGGACCUAGCUUCGUGCAUUGGGGAGGACCAGUUGUCACCACCACUUGAAACUUGGGAGCAUUUUUCUGUAUGAUACCAUAUAAUCCUUUGGUAGUUUCCAUUGUUGUUAUUUUCUACAUGACAGUUAGAAGUCUGAGAGUGUUAUUUUAUGAAUUUCAAAAAAAAAUUAUAUCAAAAUGUCAGCAAAAGCAAAUGACGUUGCUGAAAUAUCUGAAAAUAAUUUAUUAAUUUAAUAUUUUUAAAUGGGAGUUUCCUUUAUGUGCGUUGGGAGUGCUCUGGUUGGCUAAUAUAAAUGUUUAGUCAAUGUGACAGUAAAUUAGCUACACAUCAACCAUUGUACUCUCAAAAUAAACACAGAAAAGUAGAAACGGGUGCAGAAAUUUAUAGAUUUUAGAGUGGGUUUAGAUUUAAUAUGAAUAGAGUCCAAUGCCCUGCAGAGCAGUGUCUGUCAAGGCAGCACUCCUGCUGCUCCCCUCCCACAUGGACACAGCAGAAACCUGUCCAAGGAUUUUAGAAAUUGUUUUAGCUGCCAGCCAACUAAGGCAACAGUCGGUGCUCUCCUGCCCUGUUUAGGAAUGUUUGAAAUGUGGAAGCUGUAGCUUGAGGGGGGAGCAUUUGGGGAGAUCUGAAGCUUUCCCAAAAGAGUUUUAACCAGGUUUUGCCUUGCAGAGUUCAACAUGCAAAGCAUGUUCUAAAACUCAAAACUCCAGCUGUGUGUUGUGGUUUUUAAGAUCAUCUCACAUGUCCUGGCCUUUUCCCAGAGUUGCACAGGGUUUAGGUGCAAAGGUUAUCUUUGAAAAAAAUAAUAAAAGAAUUAGUAAUCACCUGCAUUUCACAAUAAAAUUUGUGAAACUAAAUAAUAAAUGACACAGUGCUUAUAGAAGAGCAUAAUGCAUUUUAUGAUGGGUUAAAAAACCCUGUUGUGUUUAUCUGGAAAAUACAGAUAAUUUCAAACUAAUUUUUUUAAAAAUACUAAUUAAAAAUCCUGGUGUUGUUGAUGUCAAUGAGAAUUUUGACUUACAGCCAGCCAGUAUUAACCCAUGAUCCUCUAGUUUGAUUAUGGUCAAAAUAAUUGCUUCUUUGAUUUUACUUUUAGCCAGCCAGAGUGCAGAUGAGUAGAACUGGAAAUGCCUGCAGGUUCUUUUCUUUCUCCUUCUUCCCUCCCUUCCUUCUUCCCUCCCUUCCUUCUUCCCUUCCUUCCUUCCAUACAUGACACCCCAUUCUAGUGUUAAAAUCAGACAUGAAUGUGUGAAUAUGUAUUUAAACAUUUAAUUGUAAAUCUUUGUUGUGAUGUUUACAGCCUAAGCUAGAAAGAUGAUGUUUGUCAUUUUUACAGUGCCUCAAAACUGAUUUCUAUAUCCAUAGUUGUGGAGAGCUUUAAGGUUUUGUUUUUUUAUUUUACAUAUAUGUGUGCAGGGGUGCAAGGUAAAUGCAACAUUUUUGGUAAAUGCCACAAGUACCAAAAACAACCCAAAGCCUUUGAUGUGCUUUCUCCACAGUAGCUAGGGGCUGAUGCAGCCAGGUGGAUGAGAAUGACCCCGCCUGGGUCUGCCUUCAGAGCAGUUCCAGGUUCAGCAUUGCCUGGAAUGUACCUCUCACCAUUGGAAUGGGGAAGGUGUAAAUGAACAGUGAUGCUGAGGAAGAGGAUGCCUAAUUUAUAACUCACUGGUUGGCUGUAUGAAUUUUUGGCACAAGUAUCAGAGAAGCAAAUGGUUGAAAAAAUACAUUAAAUCCACUUGAGGUAUGGCAUAAUACAUGCAUUUUGCUUUCUCAAGGCCUUAAUGCUUACAAUGAACCUGCACAGGCCUUAAUGACUAAAGAUUAAUGUGUCAAAGCAAUGCAGGGCAGAGUGAGUGUUUUCAGCACAUGCAAUAUUGGUAAUAGAACUCUGAACUGAUAUUCCUGUGGGAUGUAAAUCCAGGUCCUGCCAUCCCAUUGUCAGCUGUAGUUGCUUGCUAACUUCUACAUGGAAACAGCAGGCUUUGUGUUCCAUCAGAAAUCAUCUGUGUUGUGCCAGGUGAAUGAAGCCAUACGGUUACUUGGCCCUGGGGCGGAGCUGCAGCUUAUUCCAGCCUGUUGAACAAAAUAUAGGGGAUGGGGGUUACUGAAAUGGCUUCCUUUUACCCCAAAACCCAAUAGUGCUGCUUUGGAGGAGCAGGGAAGCCCCUGUGGGGGGCAGGGUCAGGGUCUCCUGGCAGUCAGCAAGAGCAGCUGAAUUAAUCACCCAUCCAAAGAUGGUGUUUGAUGGUGUUUGCACAUCAACAGCAUCCGUCUGUUCCACAGGGCUUGGCAGACACUGAAAAGUUCUGGAAUGAAUGAAAGUCUUACUAAUAAUAUUUUCCUAAUAGCCAACACAGCUGGUGUACAUAAAUCAUGCAUAAAUGAUGGACAGAUGAGCUACUCCUGCUCCUCCUGCCUCACACAGUGUGGCUUCUCUGCUGCUCCUUGCUGGGCUUUUUGUUUGUUUGUUUGUUUUUAACUCAACCGAUCACAUUGAUUGGGGCCAAUAGCCAAAUGUAGAGUGUCUGCUGUGGGUUUGAAGAGACAUUAUCCCUUUUUUUGGUAAUUCAGACAGAAGCAAUAUGGUGGUUAGUACCUGUUGUACACUGCUUUGUUUAAGUGAUGUCUUCUGGACCACAGAUCCCUGACUCAGUACCUCUGCUAGGUUCUUCUAGCUUGGGCUCUGAUGCUGAUGAACAGUUAAGGUGCCUCAUGUCAUGUUCUUCCACUACCAUACCUGGGUUUGCUCACUUCCUGCUCGUUGUUUGCUUCUGUCUUGUUGGUGAAAGAUGCAUUUCAGAUUUCUGUGAUUUAAGCACACAGUGUUUUGUUAUAAAUCUCAAACUUCCAAAUAAUUCCUGAGAAAGCAGUGUAGUUUGGUAAAAUUGAAUUGGCCUGUCCAGUUGCAGAAAGGAGAAAUGAGAUCACUGAGCCUCUGAGAAUCGGGUUCAUCUCCCGAGUACACAAAAGAAUGGAAAUACAAUGGCUGUGGAUGUUUGCAGUUCACGUUUUUGCAAUGUGGACAAAUUUUGAGUGUUUGCCAGCGGUGGGCAGUGUGGGUCUUUUCUGGCUCCUUCCUUUUGCCUUUACUCAGAUAAGUUUGUAGAUGUGGUCUCAUCUUGAGUCCUGUGUGUGAUUUUUGAGCACCAUGAUAUGAAAAAGACAAGAAGCUAUUAGAGAGCAUCCAAAGGAGGCCACGAGGAUGGGGAAGGGUCUGGAGGGUGGAGGCCUUAUGAGGAGUGGCUGAGGGCACUUGGUCUGUUUAGCCUGGAGAAAAGGAGACUGAGGGGAGAGAGACCUCGUUGCAAUCUACAGCAUCCUCCUGAGGGGCAGCACUGAUCUCUUCACUCUCAUGAGCAGUGACAGGUCAGGAGGGAAUGGCCUGAAGCUGUGUCAGAGGAGGUUUAGGUUGGGCAUUAGGAAAAGGCAUUUCACCCAGAACGGCUCCCCAGGGAAGUGGUGACAGCAUCAGCCUGGCAAGGCUCUCAGCCACAGGGUGGGAUUGUUGGGGAUGGUGCUGAGCAGGGCCAGGAUCCAGCCCUGAUGAUCCUGCUGGGUCCCUUCCAGCUCAGCAGAUCCUGUGGUGCCAGGUGAGUGAUGCUUCCCUGGAAGGGGUUCAGAGCCCAUUGUUUGGGGUGAGCUGUGCUGGGGGCUGCCUGCACCUCCCAGAGGCAGAGGGUGUCCCCAGGGGCUGAAUGUACCAGUGAUGCCACUUGGAGAGGGGCCUGUGGGGCAUCAGGGGUGUUCCAAAACCUCUUUCAUCAUGUCCAGAGUAAUUUUACUGCAGGCAAUAGUGGAAAUACAACCCUGUCAUUUAAGUUUUUAUAAAACAUCAGAAUUUUUGAAGGAUAAACUUACCACUGCCUUUGCAAAAAGAAAAGAAAAAAGGGAUACUCUCUCUUUAGAAAAGCUUUACACAUUAUAUUUUAGAAUGCUUGUAUAGAGGGUAAUCUAUCUUGAAUUCCCAACCCAGCUUUUGCUUCUGUUGUGCUUUUUAUUGUUUCAUCUUUAUUUCUGAUAUACCUGGAAUGCAGUUUAGCUUGGUAUUAAUUAAAUUCUAAAUAUGUGAGCAUAUUGGCAAAACUGCACAGAUGUAAUGAUAUUCCAAUAGCAAUUGUACUGCACAAGUCAGUGAUUGUAAAGUAUUCUGUAACAAGCAAUGUUUGUCUCCUAUUUUUUGAUACCUCUUACACUUAUGUCUUUUAGAAAGACAGUGCCUCUGUAUGCUUUUUGUAUUUUUACUGAGUGAUUGUAAAUAUUUGUUAUAUUUUUGGUUAAGAGAAUGUUUAAAAGUACUGUUUAUUAUCCAAUCUAUUAAUAUGUUGGAAUCAAUAAACAAUCAACAU